UGUUAUAAAACUGUCAGCUUUGAAUUCGACGUGCCAGUCAGUAGUCAAACUACAACAAAAUGCGGUGCUUCAUACUUCUGUGCGCGGCUGCGUUCUUCAACAAUGCUAACGCCCAGAACCAGAUCUGGGAGUUAAACAGCGGCCUAACCGACCUGGUCGUCGGCCCGGACUCCGUCCACUGCCAGCUCACCGACCCCUCUGGCCACAUCGCCUUCGACGACUUCGGGCCGUGCAGGGUCAACAUCGACCGGGUGACGGAGCGGCACAGUGGGGUGUGGACCAUGAGCAUAAUUCAGCAGACUAAUGUGUUGGCUGUACAGCAAAGUUUUACUGUACAGGUUACUUCUCCAGCUGCAGACUCCAAGCCCACGGUAUCAACGAGCGUGGAGCAAGACAAGCCUCUAAUAAAGCUGACGUGCUCCAUGGUGAGCGCUGAGGUGAUCACAGCCUGCGUGUUUAGAGAUCCCUCUGGUCGCGUGCUACAGGCUCGCCAAGGCGUCUCUGAGGACCGAUACACCUUUAUUGAAAGCGUGCACCAGCAGAAGCUUCUAGUGAAGCUGACCUGGUCGAUGAUGAGCGCUGAUGUGGUCACAGCCUGUGUAUUUAGAGUCCGUUCUGGUCGGUUACUACAGGCUCGCCAGGGCGUCUCUGAGGACCGAUACAGCUUCAUUGAAAGCUCUACAUCCGGCGUGCAAAGUUGCGGCAUAGAGAUCAACGGACCCCUGACUUCAGACCUGGGCCUGUGGCGCUGUGACCUCCAAACCACUUCUGAUACCUACUUCGGCCAUCUCUCCGUGCUGUGCCCCUGGGCCAUGCAAGACCCUGAAAUAGCGGCGUCUGUCAUCUCAGUUCCCACUCUGACCAGCCAGACCAAGGAUCAGGUGGUGGGGAUCAGUGAGGGAGACAGUGUGACUAUGUCCUGCUCGAUCCAGACUGCCAUACGUUAUUGCUAUUUCCGAGCGAGAAACGGAACGAUCUUCAAUGUAAGGCCUGGUAUGACUUCUCCUUCCAUGGAGUACGUCGGAGCCGGUCUGGAGGCGGGAGAGUGCGGCGUGCGCUUCCCAUCGCUGCUAGCUACCGAUAGCGGCACUUGGAGCUGCCACGUUGGCUUCCCAGACAGCAGCCAGGAUGAACAGCGCGUGCAGUUUUCCAUUCAUGUGGAAGAGCCGAUAUCCGCUAGCCAGUUCGUGGAAGGCAACGAGUUGGUGGUAGAGGGAAUAGUCAAUGGAAAUCCUGUGCUUGACUACUGCAGAUUCGUCCGCAUUGACGGACAAGGAUUCACUUCUGAGAAUGUACCAGCCGGCUACACCGACAGCAGUUCUCUCAGCCAGGGCCAUUGCAGGAUCCGCGUGGCGGCGCCUACGAUCCUUGAACACCACCCCUGGAUCGUAGUGGCCAAGGUCCAAGGCCAGGACACGGAGCUGGCUAAGUCCACCGACCAUACUAUCGAGAUGCACCCACCAGACGGCCCCGUGACUUGGUGGAUAUACGUGGUGCUGGCCGUGACGCUGGUGGCGCUGGUGGCCGCGUUCGCAUUCAAACGCAACCGCCGCUGGGCCGCCGAGACCGCCGCUGGCGUCCGCGACAGCUUCAGGAAGAACAAAUACCCUGAGCAGGAGAAGCCGCACCUACCAGCUUAAUCAUAUCUGAAUAGACCCGGCAUCAGAAAGAGUAAACU